AUGUCAGCAAGCACGGAUACCAACCCUGUGGAAGCACCUCGCCAGGGCCAGCUUCAGGGCAAGGUUGCUUUGGUAACAGGAGCGGGCAUGGGGUUUGGAUCGGCCAUUACCAAAAAGUUCCACCGAGAAGGCGCCAAAAUUGUCGCUGUGGACAUCAGCCCUGCACUCUCGGACAGCGUGGUCGAGGCUUACCCGGACGGCAGCGUCGUGCCCGUCAUCGGCGACGUCUCCAAGAUAGACACGUGGAACAAGGCCCUUGAGGCGGCCUUGGACAAAUUCGGCAAGCUCGACAUCGUCGUCAACAAUGCCGGAGUCAUCUACGACAACACGCCGAGCCACGAGGUCGAGGAGGAAGAAUUCGACCGUCUCAUGCGCAUCAACGUCAAGUCCCUCUUCUGGAGCUGCAAGGUCAUUGUCCCGUAUCUCCAGAAACGCGGAGAAGGCGGCAACUUUGUCAACCUGUCGAGCACGGGGGCCUCGAGACCGAGACCCGGUGUGACAUGGUAUUCUACGACCAAGGGCGCUGUGAGCAUAAUGACCAAGAGCUUGGGUGUGGAAUACGCCCCCAACAAGAUCCGAUUCAAUGCCAUCCUCCCCGCCCUGGGAGAAACUGCAAUGUGA